CUGAGAGCCGGCCGUACAAUGACCCACAACCUGCUCCUGCACCAACAGACAACAUGUUCAGUGCGAUGGAUGGGUGGGUUUUGGUGGUGCUGCUGCCCCUGCUUGCAACCUCCCAGGAUGUUGAUAUCUGCAAUGCCAAGCCCCGAGACCUCCCCUUAGAGCCUCACUGCAUCUACCGCAACCCCACCCCCGAAGACGAGACCCCCGUCCUGACCGGAGAGCCGGAGAAGAUCCCAGAGUCCACCAACCCGCGGGUCUGGGAGCUGUCCAAGGCCAACGGAUUCUUCGCCCUCUCCCUCUACAAGCAGCUGGCCCAGAACAAGUCGAGCGACGCCAACAUAUUCAUGUCUCCCAUUAGCAUCUCCACAGCCUUUGCCAUGACCAAACUGGGAGCUUGCAAUCAGACUCUGGAGCAAAUCAUGAAGGUGUUUGGCUUCACCACCAUUAAGGAAAAGACAUCGGACCAGGUGCAUUUCUUCUUCGCCAAGCUCAACUGUCGUUUGUAUCGUAAGAAAGACAAGAGCACAAAGCUUGUGUCUGCAAACCGACUGUUUGGAGAGCAGUCCCUUGCCUACAACCAGAACUACCAGAACAUCAGCCAGAUGGUGUACGGUGCCAAGCUGCUGCCCCUCAACUUCAAGGAGCACCCAGAAGACGCCCGGGUCACCAUCAACCACUGGGUGUCCAACCAGACUGAGGACAAGAUCCGGGACGUUCUGCCCACGGGCGCACUGGACUCCAACACCGUCCUGGUUCUGGUCAACACCAUCUACUUCAAGGGUCAGUGGAAGAGCCAGUUUGACAAACACAACGUCUACAAGGCGGACUUUACCGUCAGCGAGAGCCGAACCUGCAGCGUCUCCAUGAUGUUCCAGGAAACCAAGUUCCAGUACGCCCGUUUCCAGGACGACCAGGUACAAGUGCUGGAGCUACCCUACCGCGGCGAUGACAUCACCAUGGUCAUCAUCCUGCCCGCAAGACACAAGCCCCUAGCCCAGGUGGAGGAGAUGCUGGACCUCCAGAAGCUAACGGAGUGGCUGGACGGCCUGACGGAGACCACCGUCUCCGUCCAGAUCCCUCGCUUCAGGGUCGAGGACAGCUUCAGUCUGAAGGAGAAGCUGCAGGCCAUGGGUCUGACAGACCUGUUCAGCCCCCAGGCCAGCCUACCAGGUAUCCUGGAGGAGGAGGCUGAGCUCUACGUCUCGGAAGCCUUCCACAAGGCCUUCCUGGAGGUCAACGAGGAGGGCAGCGAGGCAGCGGCCUCGACGGCCGUCGUGGCCGUCGGCCGAUCCUUCAACCUGAACCGGGAGCUGUUUGCGGCCGACCGGCCCUUCCUGCUGCUGAUCCGGGAGAAGACCAUCAACACACUGGUGUUCACCGGCCGUGUGGCCGACCCCUGCUAGAGCGGGCUAGAUACACGGACGCGUUGACGAGUGCGCUAACGCGGGCUAGCUACACGUACGGGUUGACAGGUGCGCUAACGUGGGCUAGCUACACGUACGUAUUGACGGGUGCGCUAACGCGGGCUAGCUACACGUACGUGUUGACGAGUGCGCUAACGCGGGCUAGUUACACGUACGCAUUCACUUUCUGAUGUGAGGUCUACUCUUGUAUUAUGCUAAACUCAAAUAAAUAUUAUCUGAUAGUGUGUGCGUGUAUGUGUGUGACCUU